CCCGUCGCAAUCGUACUAUAUCCACGCAACUUUGUACUUCACGCUCACGCAUCACAAUAGUGGCAUUUUUGACGGGCGUUUCUGAUAGGGAAGGAAGUGUGUUGGCGGAUGGGUAGCAGGGGGAGGAGUUUAUAAGCGACGCUUAAAGGCGCGUCAAGCUCUGUAUGAGUGCAUCCUGCUUGCUUGCCAGCGGUGUAACGUUACUGUUGUUCUGUGUGGAGAUACAUCUGUUAAAACAGCGCGAUGGCUGACCAGUUGACAGAAGAGCAGAUUGCCGAAUUCAAAGAGGCUUUCUCACUCUUUGACAAGGAUGGCGAUGGCACCAUCACAACCAAAGAGCUGGGCACCGUCAUGCGCUCGCUCGGACAGAACCCAACAGAGGCUGAGCUGCAAGACAUGAUCAAUGAAGUGGAUGCUGACGGAAAUGGGACGAUAGACUUCCCAGAGUUCCUGACCAUGAUGGCGAGGAAGAUGAAGGACACAGACAGCGAGGAGGAGAUCAGAGAAGCGUUCCGUGUCUUUGAUAAGGAUGGGAAUGGUUACAUCAGUGCAGCUGAACUGCGUCACGUCAUGACAAACCUCGGAGAGAAGUUGACCGACGAAGAGGUUGAUGAGAUGAUCAGAGAAGCAGACAUUGACGGAGACGGACAGGUUAACUACGAAGAAUUUGUACAGAUGAUGACGGCGAAAUGAAGGCCUUGUACAGAUCCUCUCUCUUCUAUAAAUAAUUUGCCUUUUUUGUUUAAUUUAUCUGUAAAACGUUAAGUCCCCUCCCCUUCCUCCUCCCAGUUGUCCAAAGGAACUGCAUGUAAACUGCAUAGGAUCUUCAGUCCUCAUGUCCCUUUCUUUUGCUGUCAUCGUGUUUUUGGAGUGGCGGUGCGGUUACACGAUCAGGUGCUUGUUGCCGCGAAGAGGGGGUUGUGACAUGCAAAAAACACACGUCACGUCUGUCUGCCCUCCUCAUGCGUAGCAAGAGUGGAGACCUGCCAGCUGGUUGUUUCUUUGCAGCAACGUUGGCAUGGCAACAAUGUAGAGGAGUAACUCUGCAUGGACUAUGGACAAAGUAUAUAAUAUAUAUAUGAAAUUUCUCAGCAUUGCACUACUGCAAAAAAAAAAGAAGAAAAUGACACGGGUGUAUCUACAAGAUACUCGUACAUAAACUCUUUUUGUAUCUGCUGUUCUAUACCAAUAACUUGUUUGAAACUUACAAUGCUUUUUAAUGUUUUAUUCACACUAGUUUUCUUUUUCUUUCUUUACUUUUUCUUGUUUUGUUUUUUUGUUUGUUUUUUUUAAAGCCGCUUAAUGGCAUUGUCAUGCCUCAGAUAGUCCAUUCCAAGUUGUAUAUUUGUUUUCCAAUAAAAUUUACUAUUUACCCAUA